CUUUCCUUUGAAGUUGAAAGACAAGCGGAAGCUCCACCUCUUUCCGCACAGGUCCGUCCAGAUGUCACCGCUUUCUUAAGAAAAAAGGAACAGACCUCUCAAGAACAAAUUCCUCCCAAAUUCCUCCAUUUUCCUCACAGAAAGGGUAAAGUUGAUUCGGUGGGAGGUAAAACAGAGUCCGCACCUCGCUGCACUCGAAAACAAACUUAGACCAGGGAUCUAUUUAGCGAGGUGAAGGCGGAGCAACAAAAAUCACACAGGGCUCAACUGCAGUUGCGCACAUCGUAUUUCCGUCCCCCUCAGUCUUCCCCUCCCCCAGACUCGGCAGUACAAGCUGUCAUGGCGGCCUGGCUGUUAAGUUUGUACGCUCGCCGCCUUUCAGCAGCUGUGGCGUUACGAGGGCUCCCGGCUGCCCGCGUUCGCUGGGAAUCCUCCAGGGCUGUAAUCGCCCCAUCCGCUGUGGAAAGAAAGCGGCAACAAGAACCGACCAUGGUCUGGCAGGAGGACCCAGAACCCGAGGACGAAAACGUCUAUGCGAAGAACCCAGAUUUUCAUGGUUAUGACAACGACCCUGUGGUGGACGUCUGGAAUAUGCGGGCUGUCUUCUUCUUUGGUUUUUCCAUCGUCCUGGUCUUUGGUACCACUUUUGUGGCUUAUUUGCCUGACUACAGGAUGCAGGAGUGGUCCCGCCGGGAAGCUGAGAGACUUGUGAAAUAUCGAGAAGCCAAUGGUCUCCCCCUCAUGGAUUCCAACUGUUUUGAUCCCAGCAAGAUCCAGUUACCAGAAGAUGACUGAUGAAUUAUUGAGAAGGCUUAAGAAGCACUACUUUGCCCCCUGUCUGUUAUUCUCCUGGUUCCUCAGAACACUGUAUUAAAGGAAUUACAUGUA